UCAAAGGUCGUCUCCAUAGCAACUUGAAGCGUUCAAGAAACAAAUUGUAAAACAUGUUUUUCUCAUCGGACAAUAGCAGAUAGGCUAAACUUGUAUUUAUUAUAUCAUGAACUCAAUAACGAGGAGUAAAUCUCAUAUUUCGGUACUGACGUCAGCGAUAAAUCCACUUGCAAACCCAAAAGGAGCGAAAAAGCUAUGUGAGCUUUGUCAAAACCUUGCGUACCUGCAAUGCACCAAAUGUCGAGUAACUUUCUACUGUGACAAGGAACACCAGCAGGCUGACUGGGUAGGAAUCCAUGAGAAGAUCUGCCAGCUGCUCAUCCCCAUCCGCACCGCAACGCCCUUCCACAGCCUGCAGGCGGACAGAGACCACCACCGUGCCCAGAUACUGCACAGACAAGAGGAGCUGAUUGAGAUCUCCAGGGCUGUGGCUCAGAAGAAGCUGUUUGAAGGGAAGUAUCAGGAGUCACUGCCUGCCGCCCAGCUCUCCCUGCGCUGUGCUAUGGAUGUCUACGGCCCCAGUGCUGUCCAGCUGGUCCCUGCAUACCUCCUGCUGGCGGAGGCAAACGUGGGUCUGGGCAGUCUGGCCCAGGCAGAGGGGUACCUGUCUCAGGCCGAGUGGACGGUGAUGAAGACGCCCGAGUGUAGCCAGAUCGUCCGCCACCAGCUGCACCGCAACCUGGGUCGCCUCUACACCGCCACGGAAAACCUGGAGGGAGCGCUAUUGCACUUUGCCAACGACGUAUACUAUGCCAGUGAGGAGUAUGGCUUGGAUAACAUUGUCACUUGUGGUGGCUACUUUCUGAUGGCCAAUGUCUUUAUCAAGCAAGAAAAGAUGGAUAUUGCCAGUUCCUUAUACACUGAGGUAGCAACUACAUGGCACUCUCACCUCACCAAACUUUUGGAGACUCAUACUCCAGGAUCCAUGAUGCUGGAGCACUCUUUUGAUGAAGCUCAGCAGGCGGAAGCGGACCAGAUGCUAAGGGCCAUGCUGAAGGUUCAGGAGAGUAGCCCCAAGCAGGCUGCGGCCCAGAACACCCUAGUGGCCCACUCUCUGGCCAUGCUGUGGUUCCUAGGAGGAUCCCCAGGCAAGGCACUGGAGUUUGGCAGGAAGGCCCUGCAGUCCAGCCAGCUGGUCCCAGACCAUAGCCUGACAGAGCCCAUCCAGAGCCUGCUGCAGCUGGCAGCAGAGAGAGGCCCACACCUUACCAUCGCAAGCUGACUGCCCGCCUGCCUGACCGCCUGUCUUCUUGACUGCUUGUCCAUCCACCAGCCGGCUACCUCCUCAGCUCAACACAAAAGAAGCAUGCUCUAUACAUGAAAAAAUGGGCCAUAGUAGAAUCAUUACACAAUAAAAGAUGUUGUGACUUUC